AUGCACGCGGAGGGUAGCCCGUUCAGCUGGCAGCAGCAGCAGAAGCAACCGUGGCAGUGGAGUCAGCGGCAAGCUGAGCAGCGCUCUUGGCAUGCAACAGGGGAGCAGCAAGAGCAACGUCCCAUAGACACUUCACAGCAGACACAGGGCCCAGGACAGUCUCGCUGGCAGCAACGGUGCAUGUACACUGGAGAGGACGGCUACCAGCAGCUACAAAAGGACCCAUCACAACAGUACUUCCACCAACUAGGCAACGAGACGCCGCAGUGGCAGCAGCAGCGUCUUCAGCAGCAGCAGCUGCUGCUGCAGCAGCAGUGGCAGUCUGAAUGCGACGACCGCCAGGAGGCCCAACUGCCGCCGCCCAAACCAUGGGAGCCCUUGAACCAGGCACGGCGUCGGCAAUGGCAACAGGACCUACAGCAGCAGCAGCAGUCGCAGCUGCUGCUGCAGCAGCAGGGGCAUGAGCAGCAGCAGCCCAACAGCGGACCGUCAGAACCAUCAGGGUCCCCCAGCAGCUCCUCACCAUACCCGCAGCAGCCACCUCAACUUCAGGAGCAACAGAGAAUUCAGAGCUUGUCGCGAUGGGGGCCAAUGACGCAAGCCUCGGAGUGGCAGCAGCAGCAGCAACAGCAGCAACAACAGCAGCAGCAGUGGAGGGAGCAGACCCAGUCUGAAAGCGACGACCGCCAGGAGCCCCAACUGCUUCCGCCAAAGCCAUGGGAGCCCUCAAAUCAGGCACGGCGUCGGCAGUGGCAACGGGGGCUGCAGCAGCAGCAGCAGCAACAACGACAACAAUCGCAGCAGCAGCACGACGAUAGGCUGAAGUACGGCGCACUUGAGGGAGACCAAGCAACUCCAGCAACACCUGUGCCGCGGACAAAGCGAGUAUGGGGUUUGUCCAGAGCAGCAGUAGCAGCAACAAGAUCUCCAGCAGCAGCUAGCAGCAACUGGAAUCCUAGAGCGUGGCCCUCCACAGACCCGCAUGCAGGAGACCCUGGAGGCGACAGCAGCAACGCCAGCAAGAGCAGCAGUUGCAAGCGAGAGGAGCUGUCCUUCGAAGGAAUAAAGGCAGCAACUGCUGCAGCAGCAGUUGCUGCAGCAGUGCUGCAGUCAGCAGCGCGACAGCAGCCCUCCGUGCUGAUGCCGCCAGCAGCAGAGCCAGACCUCCCCGGCCCUGCAGGCCGCUUGCUGCGGCGGCGACAGCAGCAGGAGAAGGGGAAAAGAAUUAGAGGAUUAGCAGGGGACUCCCCGUUUGCCCUUGAGAAGGGCCACAUUCGGUCUGCUGACAGCUCCCAGUCGUUAUCGACUGCUGCUGCUGCCGUUGCUGCUGCUGCUGCUGCACCGGGGUUCACAUCCUGCCCAGGCUGCUGGGGUGGUGCCUGGCUAGGGCUACGCCACUGCGACACAGCAGCAGCAGCUGCAGCAGUAACAACAAUGAACGGGUGGACUGAUGAAGCAAAUGAGCAAAGAGCACCUCUGCAGCACUCUGCUUCCUGGGUUCGCGCGGUUCUCUUCCUAGGCUUCCCAUUCGACGCAUUUCACUUAGGCUUAACUCCGUCUCCCUCUCCCUGUCCUCGCAUCAUGUCUUUUCUUGUGGAAUCAAAUGUUUCCGCUGUGCUGCGCUACUGCGACUCGCCAGUGACGAAGGUGCCGCACUUGCUUUUGUUUUUGAAGUACGCAAUAAUGGGCGACGAUGAAGGCACGCUGACGGACCGGUUGCUGGUUGCCGCUGACCCGACGGGCGAAGUGGUGUGCUCUGUCCAUUCCUCCGUCUCUGAGACGUUCCAUUUGUGUCCCGGAAGCACUGUCAUCCUACAAGAGCCUACGGUGUACUACGCGGCAUUCAAGCUGCCUUACGUCCUCAUCACCCAGCGCUCUCUCGUGAGGGCAUUUCCCCCGAGCUUUAUAGACGACGGGCUCCGGCAGCAAGCUGAUGAGGCUCGCGAGGAGUGGGAGUACAGAGUGAGCCCUUACCUCGCAUCCCAGCUCCAUGCUAAGCUGCCCAUCUAG